GUAUUCGUUACAGUUUGGAUGUUAGUGUGGAUGAAGUGAAAGCCUUAGCAUCUCUAAUGACAUACAAAUGUGCUGUGGUUGAUGUGCCAUUUGGUGGGGCAAAGGCUGGUGUCAAGAUCAAUCCCAAGAACUACACAGACAAUGAAUUGGAGAAGAUCACAAGGAGGUUUACCAUGGAACUGGCAAAAAAGGGCUUUAUUGGACCUGGUGUUGAUGUGCCUGCUCCUGAUAUGAGCACAGGGGAGAGGGAGAUGUCCUGGAUUGCUGACACCUAUGCCAGUACCAUAGGACACUACGAUAUUAAUGCACAUGCAUGUGUAACUGGUAAACCCAUCAGCCAGGGUGGGAUCCAUGGACGUAUAUCUGCAACUGGUCGUGGUCUCUUCCAUGGAAUUGAAAAUUUCAUCAAUGAAGCAUCAUAUAUGAGUAUAUUAGGAAUGACUCCUGGAUUUGGAGAUAAAACAUUUGCUGUUCAGGGAUUUGGUAACGUGGGCUUGCAUUCUAUGAGAUACUUGCAUCGCUUUGGAGCAAAAUGCGUUGCUGUGGGAGAAUUUAAUGGUUCUAUCUGGAAUCCUGAUGGGAUUGACCCAAAGGAACUAGAAGAUUACAAAUUGCAACAUGGGACAAUCAUGGGCUUCCCUAAAGCACAGACACUUGAGGGCAGUAUUCUGGAAACAGACUGUGACAUUCUCAUCCCUGCUGCCAGUGAGAAGCAGUUGACUAAGGCCAAUGCUCACAAGGUUAAAGCAAAAAUUAUUGCUGAGGGUGCCAAUGGGCCUACAACUCCUGAAGCUGACAAAAUCUUCUUGGAGCGGAAUAUCAUGGUUAUACCUGAUCUUUACCUGAAUGCUGGUGGUGUAACAGUAUCCUAUUUUGAAUGGCUGAAAAACUUGAACCACGUCAGUUACGGACGCUUGACCUUUAAAUAUGAAAGGGAUUCAAACUACCACUUGCUCAUGUCUGUUCAGGAAAGCUUGGAAAGAAAAUUUGGGAAACAUGGUGGAACUAUUCCAGUUGUGCCUACAGCAGAAUUCCAAGAUAGGAUAUCAGGUGCGUCCGAGAAGGACAUCGUCCACUCCGGGCUGGCUUACACAAUGGAGCGUUCUGCCCGGCAAAUCAUGCGUACAGCCAUGAAGUACAACCUGGGUCUGGACCUGAGAACAGCUGCCUACGUCAAUGCCAUUGAGAAGGUCUUCAAAGUGUACAACGAGGCUGGUCUGACCUUCACAUAAACAGACCUUACUGCUCCUUUCUGUAUCCCACCCCUCUCGCUGUUCAUGUACCCUCUUCUUCAGAAAGCUUAUCACAAGUUUACAUGUAACCACAAAAUCUUCUUUUCUUCUGACAUUAUAGUGGAUUCUAUUCUCAAUUAGUUUCAAUCCAAACUAGUCUUUUUUACAAUAAAAAAAAAAAAAAUCUAUGGAUUAGGAAAUUGUAUACAAGUAUGUAUCUGAAGAUAACAGCUCAUCUGCACUUGUGGGGGCCAUUCUGGGUAUUUUGCCUACAAAACAAAAUGGUACAUUUUAUGUAUGAAAGAGUGGUCUUGCCACCCAAGCCACUACUCAGACUUUUAGAUCAGAUACUGUACUAGGUGAGCACUUUGCUCAUUAAUACUUCAUGCACUUUUGUUUAAUGACAUAAUCUGGGCUUCGGCACUUUGAGUAAGGCCUUGUGUGAUCAAUGCUGUGGCAUUGGCAAAGGAAGAAUAGGCCUCCAGCAGGGAUUCACUUUGAUAGGAGUCUAAUUUUUAUUUGUAGUAAAGCUUCAGGCCUGAUUCUCUUUAGGCAAUGGUUUUUUUCUUUAAUUGUUCUGCUGUUAAAGGACUGCCUUUUAUUGCUUCUUCAGGCUAGCUUGACUAUCACCAUGAAGUAUGUAGAGGUGACAGACUAAUAUUUUUAUAAGCUGAAACUAUUGAGCAACUCCAGUUAUGUUUUUAAUCAAGUACCUACAUAACUAUCUGACUAUAGGUUUUCUUUUUUUAAAAAAAGGGAGAGUCUAAAACUUGGUAAGUAAUCAUACUUAGGGGUUUUGGAGUUCUUUUUCAAUCUUUUCCUUUCAGAGGCUUUCUGAAAAUUCUGAAACUGCCUCAGUGAACAACGAAAGUGAAACUGAACCCAGAGAUCACUGGCCAAGCUACAGAGGAGCUAGAAUGCUGCUAUAAACUUAAUCCAUUGUCUUAACACACACAGCCUUUUUUUUCUGUCAUCAGGAGGUCUUGAAAGUUUUGAAUAUAUUAGACAACAAAACAGACCUCAACACAACAUUGGAUCAAGCACAGUUUUUGAAGUGUAAGGCUUUUGUCUCAUGGAGUCCCCUUGAAGUGCCAGAUGUUAUUUAUGUAAUGAAUAUAAAUGUUUUUUUUAAAAAAUACAACUAGUUCCUCCCAGAAACUCAUGCUUUUUUUCUAACUUCUUUGUAACUGCAUGACAUAAACUGGAGAGAAGAGCAGUUAUUAAAAAACUUGACCUUUUCAAACC